AUGCCGACCGUUGUCGCAAAGGGCCCCUCCGGCGUGCCCCCCACUACCGAAGAGAUUUCGUCCCUUCUCAACACUAUCUUCUCCGCCGAGUCCUCCCAGCAGUCCCUCGAUGGCGCAUAUGCGUUGACCAACCUUCUCAUUCAGAGCGUGGGUUGCGCAGGCCUCCUGAACUACGACAUUCUCGCCGAGACGAAGAAGGCUGCCGUUGAUAAGAAGAAUGGCGCCAAGCGUGAGAGUGCCAUGCUUAUCAUUGGCGCUCUGUUCGAGCGCUUCCCUCGCGAGUUCCCUCUCAGUGAAUACGUGUUCCUGAUGCACGAUGGCGGCAUCUUUAACAUUGCACUGGAUUCCCUGGCCGACAAGGGUGCUGUCGUACGCGAUGCUGCCCAGUACGCCAUCGACGCUCUCUUCGGGGCUCUCAGCCCCGAGGCUAUGGUCAACGCCCUGCUGCCCGCCCUAGAGAGCUACCUGAGCAAAGGUUCUGGUAAGUGGCAGGGUUUCGUUGGCGCUUAUUCGCUUCUUGAGAAGAUGGCCGUCAAGGCGCAACUUGGCAACGGCACCAAGGAGGAAGAGCGUCAAAAGGACCUGCUGCGCGAUGCAAUGGGCAAGACCCUGAAGGAGCUCAUUCCUAUCGUCGAGUCCGGUAUGCAUGACUUGAAGGCUGAAGUGACCAAGCAGUCCUGCAAGACCAUGAACGCCCUCACCACCCUCUUGUCCAACGACGAUGUCGCCCCCCGUAUCCCGCUUCUGAUUAAGACCAUGGAGCAACCCUCUGCCCAGACACUCCAGAAGGCAAUCCACGCCCUCUCCCAGACUACUUUCGUCGCCAUUGUCACAUCCCCUGUGUUGGCCAUGCUCACCCCUCUUCUCGAGCGGUCCCUCAACACUCCCACCACUCCUCAAGAAACUCUGCGCCAGACCGUGGUCGUUGUGGAGAACUUGACCAAGCUGGUUCACGACCCCAUGGAGGCUCGUACUUUCCUUCCCAAGCUCCAGCCUGGUGUAAAGUCCGUCAAGGACCGUGCCUCUCUACCCGAGGUCCGUGAAUUGUCGGCCCGCGCUCUCGACGUGAUCGAAAAGGCUAUGAGUGACAGCAAUGUCGCGACUGGUUCUAUCAUGAAGAUCACGCCUGAGGAGGUCCUGACUGUGUUGGACGCCAAGAUUCAGGAACAGGGCGGCCUUGCUGGCUUUGGCGACGUGAAGCUGCAGGAGGCGGUCAAGUUCUUCGUUGCCGGCAUGAUCCGUGAGGACAUCAACUGCCGCAUGUACGACCGUAUCCCAGCCUGUACUGCCCCUUACCUCCGUGGUCUCAUGUCGGAGGAAAAGGCUACUGCCGUUGCUACUGCUGUCGAGGCCCACUACGUUGCCGAGGACGAGAUCAAGUACGGCAAGCCUGCUCCCGAAGACCCCAAUGAGGUGGAGAUUGUCAAUGCCGACUUCUCUCUCGCUUACGGAGGUAUGCUACUGCUCUCUCACACCAAGCUGCGCCUCCUCAAGGGUCACCGUUACGGUCUCUGCGGUCGCAACGGUGCUGGAAAAUCCACCUUGAUGCGCAGUAUCGCCAACGACAAGCUCGAGGGUUUCCCUCCUCAGGACCAAGUGCGCACUUGCUUUGUCGAGCACAACCAGGGUGAGGAUGCGGACCUCAGCAUUUUCGAGUAUGUGUCCAAGGAUCCCAAGAUUGCCUCUCAAGGCAAGGAGCACAUCGCCGAGGUUCUCCUCGAGUUCGGCUUCACCGAUGGCCCUGAGGGUCGCCAGUCCCAGCCUGUGGGCUCCCUGUCCGGUGGAUGGAAGAUGAAGUUGGCUCUGGCCCGUGCCAUGCUCCAGAAGGCCGAUGUCCUCCUGCUGGACGAACCGACUAACCACUUGGAUGUGGCCAACGUCAAAUGGUUGCAGGAGUACCUCAAGAAGCACACUGACAUCACCAGUUUGAUCGUCAGUCACGACUCUGGCUUCCUGGAUGAGGUCUGCACAGACAUCUACCACUACGAGGGCAAGAAGCUCGUUUCCUACAAGGGUAACCUUGCCGACUUUGUCAAGGUCAAGCCCGAGGGAAAGAGUUACUACACCCUGUCUGCCUCCAAUGUGCAGUUCAAGUUCCCUCCUCCCGGUAUUCUAUCUGGUAUCAAGUCCCAGACCCGUGCCAUUCUUCGCAUGAGCAACGUUUCUUUCACCUACCCCAAUGCCCCCAAGCCAUCUCUGCAUGAUGCCUCGUUGUCACUUACCCUCUCCUCCCGCGUGGCCAUCAUCGGAGGUAACGGUGCUGGAAAGUCCACCUUCAUCAAGAUCCUGACUGGUGAAACCAUUCCCCAGAGUGGCAAGGUCGAGAAGCACCCCAAUUUGCGUAUUGGUUACAUCAAGCAGCACGCUCUUGAGCACGUGGAGAUGCACUUGGAGAAGACCCCCAGUCAGUACCUCCAGUGGCGUUAUGCCAACGGUGAUGACCGUGAAGUGUUCCUUAAGCAGACACGUAUCUUGACUGAAGCCGACAAGGCUCAGCUCGAGAAGCACGUUGACUUGGGUGACGGUCGCGGUGCCCGCCGUAUCGAAGCCUUGAUUGGUCGCCAGAAGUGGAAGAAGUCCUUCCAGUAUGAGGUGAAAUGGGUUGGUCUCCUUCCCAAGAACAACACCAUGAUCUCACGCGAGACCUUACUGGAGCUCGGCUUCUUCAAGAUGGUCCAAGAGUUCGAUGAUCACGAGGCUUCGCGUGAAGGUCUCGGUUUCCGUGUUCUUGACCCCAAGACCAUCUCCAAGCACUUCGAGGAUAUCGGCAUGGACCCCGAGAUCGCCAACCACAACGAGAUCUCCGGUCUGUCCGGUGGUCAGAAGGUCAAGGUCGUGCUGGCCGGCGCCAUGUGGAACAACCCCCAUCUGCUGGUCCUGGACGAGCCGACUAACUUCUUGGACCGUGACUCCCUGGGUGGUCUGGCUGUGGCCAUUCGUGACUUCAAGGGUGGCGUUGUUAUGAUUUCUCACAACGAAGAGUUCGUGGGCGCCCUCUGCCCUGAGCAGUUGCACAUCGCCGACGGACGUGUCGUCAGCCGUACCAACAACGCCGUCAGCCUGGACCGCUUCGAGGACAGCGCUCCGAACACGCCCUCUGCCCCUGGCACCCCUGCCACUGGCUCGGCUACCACCAGCGCUGCCCCAUCUGCCGUUAACUCUGGAGAUGAAGGCGAACUCAAGUUCCGCGCUAAGAAGAAGAAGAAGAUGACCCGUGCCCAGCUCAAGGACCGUGAGGCCCGCCGCCGUCUUCGUCACAUCGAAUGGUUGAACUCCCCCAAGGGCACCCCCAAGCCCCAGGAUACCGACGAUGAGGCCUAA